UAAAAGAAAAAAGAAGGGAGGUGGAUAAUCAGGUACACUGUUUUGUGCUAUUUCCUCUCUCAAACAGCCCAAAUUUUCCCACCAUGAAAACCGCAAUAAACCCUCCACGAAUCCCACCACCAAACCCCAAAACUUUCUUCACAGAAAGAAUUCACAUAAUCCCGUCAAUCAAACUCACGACUGUAGCUCCAUUUGCAACUUCAAGAAGAGCUGUGGCAGUCAAUUGCAGCAAAAAUGGCAGCCCUGGAAGUGGGAAUGCGGGCAGUUUGAAAGACUUGCUGUCGGGUAUGGUGGACGAGAGAGUCGAGGAACUCUUGAACAAAGAAGAGAACCGGGAUUUGUUAGCCGGGCUGGAGGAAGCCUCAAGGAGAGUUGAAAUGGCGAAGAGAGAGCUUGCUGAGAUUGAGAAGCAAGAGAUUGAGGCCAAGCUUAUGAGGGAUUAUAUUAAUCAGCUCGAAUCAAGAGCCUCUGAGAUUGCAGAAUGCCAGAAAGAAAUAUCAGAAGCAAGAGCAAUGGUGGACAAAGCAGAGCAAUCAUUGACAGACGGAGGCAGAGAUGCCUCAACCAAAACAAGAAAUGAAAUGAUAAGCAAAGAUCAGGAGAGGUUGGAGUCUGUUAAAGCUGCUUCGAUUUCUGCUGUCAUUGGAACUCUUGCGGAACUUCCCAUUUCCUUAACGCAUGUGACUAGCAAUUCCGAGCUGAUACUUCCUCUGGCAAUCACCUUUGUUAGUUGUGCAUUGUUUGGAGUAACUUUUCGCUAUGCAAUAAGAAGAGACUUGGACAAUUUUCAGCUAAAAUCAGGAACAGCUGCAGCUUUUGGUUUCGUAAAAGGUCUAGGUAUGUUGGGAGUCGGACCGCCAUUUGAAUUAGACGUAAACAGCAUUCUAUCGCAUGCUUUUGCUGGUGCAGUUUAUGUUUCUGAAAGUCUUUUGGUCUUUCUAUUUGCUGGAGUUGCUUUGGAUUUCUUCAUCAAGUUGAGGAUCCUAAGUCCAUUUCCAAUUGAUCCAUCGGUUCCAAGGACAUAAUACAGCUGACAUAGAAAUGUUGAUGGGCUAGAUCUAAGCUCAAAACAAUGUUGUAUACCUCUUCUUGAUGAGGUUCCAAAAUGAGCUAUCUUGAGGUUUGAUUUUAUGUUAAAAGUGUUCUCAUCCUUGUGCAUUUGACUUCUUUUA